AUGGCUUCCACAACGCGCGCCAUCCGGCCAGCUUUUCGCAAGCUGCCAAGGUCGGCUUCACGACUCAAUGCCACCCAGCUGUCGCGCUACCACUCGUACGAGCACGCCCAACCAGCGCCAUACCCGCCCGCAGAGUCCGCAAUUCUCUCCGCCGCGCUCUCACACGUCCCGGUAACUGGCUUUACCAACACCGCCCUGCAGCUCGGCGCUCGCGAUGCUGGAUAUCUAGACGUUUCGACAAACCUCUUCCCGCGCGGACCCUUCGACCUGAUUCAGUACCACCUGGUCACCCGACGGCUCGCGCUCCGCGAUAGCGUGCAGUUUCCGAACGAUGGCGACAAGCAGCUGGGGAUCGGGGCGAGGGUCAGGUUGCUGACGCUGGAGAGGCUUCGGGCAAAUGCGCCAAUCGUUCACCGCUGGCAAGAGGCCCUUGCCAUCAUGGCCCAACCCUCAUACGUGCCAGAAUCGCUCAAGGAGCUCGCAAAGCUUUCUGACGAAAUUUGGUUCCUCGCCGGCGACACCAGCGUUGACAGCAGCUGGUACACUAAGCGCGCGAGCUUGUCGGCAAUCUAUUCAGCGUCGGAGGUGUUCAUGACCCAAGACCAGUCCACGAACUUUAAGGAUACCGAGCGGUUCCUAGACUCGAGGCUGGAGGACCUGAGGAAGAUUGGAGGGGCUACCAGCGCUCUCUCGGAGUGGCUCGACUACACCGGGCACUCUGUGGUGAACGUUUUGAGGAGCAAAGGGAUGCGUAUCUAG